UGGUUCAAUGGGACCAUCUCCGACCUCGUUCCCAACCUCGACACCUCCGGAACUCUCUCCGGGCCCGAUUUCCCUUCCCGCGCAUCCCAGAUCCCGCCCAGGUGUCCCAGAUCCCGCCCGGGCAUCCCAAAUCCCGCGUUUCCCCCCCCUCAGGCUGUUCCAGACCAAGUGCAGCAGCUGCCUGAAGGCCAUCGGGCCGUCGGAGCUGAUCAUGCGGGUGCUGGAGAACGUCUACCACGUGCAGUGCUUCUCGUGCUGCGAGUGCGAGCGGCGGCUGCAGCGCGGGGACGAGUUCGUGCUCAAGGAGGGGCAGCUGCUCUGCCGCUCCGACUACGAGAAGGAGAAGGAGAUGCUCAGCGCCAUCAGCCCCGCGCCCACCGAGUCCGUGAAAAGCGAGGACGAGGACGGCGCCCACUCCCAGGGCAAAGGCGGCGACGACGGCAAAGACCACAAACGCUCCAAGCGGCCACGCACCAUCCUCACCACCCAACAGCGCCGCGCCUUCAAGGCCUCCUUCGAGGUGUCCUCCAAGCCCUGCAGAAAGGUGAGGGAGACGCUGGCGGCGGAGACGGGACUGACCGUGCGCGUGGUCCAGGUGUGGUUCCAGAACCAACGGGCCAAGAUGAAGAAAAUCGCCCGGAGGCAGCAGCAGCAGCAGCAGCAGCAGGAGCAGGAGCAGCUCGGGAAUGCCCGGCUGGGAGGCGGGAGAGGGACCGGCAGGAGCAGCCGGCAGAGCAACGACGACAGUGAAGGUGAGGGAAAACCGGGAAUGGGCGGAGAGCCGGGAUGCGGGGAGCGGCUUGGAUGUGUUUCGUGGAAUUGUGGAGCGGUUUGGGUGGGAAGGGACCUUAAAUCAUCCCAUUAUCCCACCGAAUUCCAAAAGCAGGGACACCUCCCAUGGCUCAGGUGGAUCCAGCCUGGCCUUGGGCACUUCCCGGGAUGGGGCAGCCGCAGCUUCUCCGGGAAUUCCAUCCCGUUCCCUCCCCGCCCUCCCAGCCAAGGAUUCCUUCCCAAAUUCCACCUCAAUCCCCCUUUCCCAGUGGGAAGCCAUUCCCUGUGUCCCGUCCCUCCAUCCCUUCUCCCAGGUCCCUCUCCAGCUCUCCCGGAGCCCCUGGAAUGUGCUGGAAGCUCUCCCUGGAUCCCUCCCCGCUCCAGGGGAACAUUCCCAGCUCUCCCAGCCUGUCCCCGGAGCAGAAUCCUGGAAUCCUGGGAUGGACAUUCCAAGCCCUUCCCAGCCCUCCCGGGCUCCUCUCCCGGGCCCUGGGAAGCGGCUUUUCCAACUCCGUCGGGGAUGAGGAUCCCAAAAUCCCGAAUUAUCCCGGAUUCCCGGAUCCUCAGACCCGCGCUGGGGAGAGGGACGAGGCGGGUCGGGAGGUGA